AUGUGGAACACAAUUAAUAAAUUAACAAAUAAAAAAUCUAAGACAACUACGAUCACCAAGCUUAACAUAUCAAAUGAUGAUGUUACUGAAGAUCCAAAUAAGAUAUCACACACUUUUAAUACCUAUUUCAAGACAAUUGGAGAAAAUUUUGCUAACGAACUACCAGACACUACCGAUGCACCUGAAUCAUAUGUUACUCCUAGUAAUUCAACUUUUCAAAUACAAAAUGUGUCAGAGGUAGAUGUAGUUCAGUUGCCCAUUACAUUGAAGAUAUCCAAAGCUUGCGGACAUGAUAAAAUACCUCCAAAGCUUUUGCAAGAUUCG